CCUCUCUCUUUCCAACCCUCCAGCGCAGUCGAAAGCGAAAGCAGCCAUGGCCGAUCGGAAGGGUAAGAGGAGGCUAAGCAACAUAACCCCGAACCCACCCCCAGUCACCCGCAGAUCACGUCGUUUAAUGGGACAAUCACCAAACACCCCAGGCGAGGAGGAACCUCCUCAGCCUCUUCGAGCUGCCUCCCGCGAAAUGUCCACAAUCAGCGGUCUUUCUGCCGUGUCAACUCAGCCUGGCCAGGAGCCAUGGGCCGAGUUAAAACAGAGGGCCAAGGCCAGAAUCACCAGCUAUAAACCAGCCCGUCGUGCAAACGAUGAUAAACUACAGGACUGUCUACGCUGCUUUAUCGAUAUUUUGCCUGCAGAUGGCCAGGAGUCUAUUGCUAGGGAUAUUGCUGACUGUCAAACGGACGAGGAUCUAUGGAGGGUGUACCAUAACCUCCUUACUGGAUUAUUACUGCCAAUAAAGGCAGCUAGUCGGACUCCCUCUGUGACCUUAUACCCCCACACCAGGCGUCAGAGAAAUGCAGACAUUGUUGCCAGCACUUUUCCCGAUGAGUCGGAGCUCAGAGUGGAAAGGUUUCGCAAGGCUUGUCUUGAAAGAGAUAGCCAGCGCUGCGUUAUCAGCGGGGUCAUGGACAUUGAACAUUGGGAGAAGAUCGGCUUCCCGAGAGAUAUAGAGUCAGGGCACGUCGAAGGCGCACAUAUAAUACCAUUUUCAUUCGGUUCCUGGGAAGGCAAGACUCUGCCUGACGACGCGGGCCCUAAAUGGGAGGUUCUGGUGCGCUGCUUCCCAGCAGUGCGACGACUGGGCAUGCGCCCAGAGACUAUUAAUGAUCCUUGCAACGGCUUGACCAUGUUCAGCCCUCUACACAUGGAAUUUGGAAGCUUUCAAAUGGCCUUCAAAGAGACGGACACGCCUCACCGCUACCUGCUGAAGACAUACCGCAGAUUUUCUACAUCCUUGUUUAAACAUAUCCCCCAAAGCCCUUUUGUAGAGCUUACAAGUACUACUGGAGACACCGCUCGACCGAGCCCAGUUCUGUUGAAUUGCCAUUUCUACCUUGCAGAAAUUUUGAACGUGUCGGGGAUGAGUGAAUAUAUUGAAGAGAAGAUACAGGACUGGGAAAGUCUUAAACUUGCUCCAGGAGCCGGUCAGCUCCGGGCGGAUGGGUCAACCGAUGUUAGCCGGUACCUGCAGGCUGGUCUGUGGUCUUUGGUCUCUGUAUCGUGAUUCUUGGGAGUCUAGCAUCGGAAGAACAGUUGCGCGACUCAAGAGAGCCAGGCCUCUUGACAUUGCAGGCUCUCGCUGGCCGCUAAAGAGAGAGGAAGCCUGUUUCCAUACCCUGUGGUCAUAUGUCAUAGUGAUAUACUAAUAGUGGCUUAUAUAGGAAUAGAAUGAAGCUUAGUUGAGU